AAAAGCUUGAAACUAACAUAGAAUUAAAGCUUAAAAAUAAAUCAGUUGGGCUGACACUUGCUUUUGAUAGUUGGACCAAUAUUAUUAACCAAAAUAUUAUGAAAGAAGUUUUUAUUAUAUCUGAAGAAGAGGUAUUGGUUUGGAAAGGAGUUGAUAUUAGUGAUAAAACAAGUUUUAGUAACUUUGAUAAAGAGUCUGAAAAUGAAAUCUCUUCUGAUAAUAAAGAACAAGUACUGAAUAAAAAACAAGCACCAGUACUAAAUGAAGGACAAGCACCAGCACCAAAUAAAAAGCAAGUACUAGCACCAAAUAAAGAACAAGCACUAGCACCAAAUGAAGAACAAGCACCAAAUAAAGGGCAA